UCAAAUAGUGACAAAGUAAAUCAAACACAACUAGAGAGAGAAACAGAUAGAGAGAGAGUCUAACAUGAUGAACCUAGUUUGAUUGUUCCUUACACAUGUUCAUGUCAGAAAUUCAGAAUAUAUGUUCUCUUGCAACUGUUUUCUUCAUCAUCAACAGGAACUGCAUGAUUCCCGAAUCUGAGGUUUUGGAUCUUGAUCUGGGAUAACAUUUCUGGGAUUGCUUCGGAAUUUUGAACUCUGGGGUUAGCACUGAUUUGAAAUUGAAACGGUAUCUGUAUAUAUUUUGGUCGUUGUGAUGCUGGAACAGUAAUCUGAAUCUGGAAUCUUGUUUGAUUUGGGGGUAUUGGGGUUUUUAGGGAUUUCAAGGAAUUGGAGUAAUAUGGAUUGUAUUGAGCAUUCUUCGGAAGCAGGUUCUGGUGAGUGUAGUGGUCAAUUAGUAGAAAAUGGAGGUUUUUAUGGAGAUGGGAGAUGCUAUAAGCAAGCUUCCCCUCCAAGGUGUGGUGGUGGGUCAAGGAAUACUAGUCCUAUCGGUCGUGCCGGCUCGAGGAACACUAGCCCUUCGCGGCAGAAGGUUGUUAAGACGAAACCAAGGGGUUUGGAUGAAGAAACACUUGCUACAUUUGGUAAAGCAGUGCAUGCUGAUGUUCUGAUGGAGGAUAGUAUUUGGGCAAUGCUGCCUGAGGACUUAUUGCACGAGAUCUUAGCUAGGGUUCCCCCAUUUCUGAUUUUCCGGCUUCGUUCGGUGUGUAAACGGUGGAAUUCACUGCUUCAAGACAGUAGUUUUCUGAAAUUCCAUUCAAGUGUUCCAUCCCACGGGCCUUGUCUUCUCACAUUUUGGAAGAACUCACAGAUCCCUCAAUGUUCAGUCUUUAGCUUGCCCUUAAAAGCUUGGUACCGAAUACCUUUUACAUUUUUGCCGCAGUGGGCGUUCUGGUUGGUUGGUUCUUCCGGUGGUCUCGUGUGCUUUUCAGGGCAUGAUGGGCUGACAUUUAAAACUCUGGUUUGCAAUCCCCUCACACAAGCUUGGAGAGUGUUGCCGAGCAUGCAUUACAAUCAGCAAAGGCAACUGAUAAUGGUUGUUGAUCGGAUGGAUCGAUCAUUUAAAGUUAUAGCCACAAGUGACAUAUAUGGUGACAAGUCACUGCCAACUGAAGUUUAUGAUUCGAAGGCAGACAGUUGGUCAGUUCAUCAGAUAAUGCCUGCAGUUAAUCUCUGCUCGUCGAAGAUGGCCUAUUGUGACUCCAGAUUGUACUUGGAAACCCUUUCGCCACUUGGUUUGAUGAUGUAUAGACUAGAUACAGGAUGCUGGGAACAUAUUCCAGCUAAAUUUCCACGAUCGCUGUUAGAUGGAUAUUUGGUUGCCGGUACCCAGAAGCGUCUUUUUCUUGUCGGAAGGAUCGGCCUUUAUAGUACCCUACAGAGUAUGAGAAUUUGGGAGUUGGACCAUGCCAAAAUUACAUGGGUGGAGAUCAACAGGAUGCCCCCCAAGUAUUUUCGUGCUUUGUUGAGACUAUCAGCUGAGAGAUUCGAAUGUUUUGGCCAGGACAAUUUAAUCUGCUUCACAUCUUGGAACCAAGGGAAGGGUCUUCUCUUUGAUGUCGAUAAAAAGAUCUGGUCUUGGAUCGGUGGGUGUGCUCUUCAGUCAUAUAACAAUCAAGUAUGUUUCUACAAGCCAAGGUUUGAUGCGUCGAUAUACUAAACUAAAGUCUUGUGGCAGAGGUUUACCAGAGAUCACUAUGCAUUUUUUGCCAUGACAGUCUCUCUAACUGUUGAUAGCGAUAUUCACCACAACGGAUUGAUUUGUUUAUCAGUUACAUAUCUUACAUCUAAAAGCAUGCCCUUGUCCAUAUGUGCAGCUCGUUAUAAGCUUUUUGAAUGGAAUCAAAAGUGAAAUACCUUUAUGGAGAUACUGACACAAUGUGACUAAGAUCUGGUGUUGAUGCACACAGCUGGAGGAAUGUUUAUAAAUUUCCAGACAAGGGUAUUGUUUGUAAAUUUCCAGACAAGGGUACUGAUACAUGUACGGCGAUGACUUUUGGGACACAAUUUUAUGAAGGUAUUCUCUUCGGUGAUGAUGAUUACUGCUUGAAAGUGUGGAUAUCGAAAUCAUGCUUCUUAAUCUGUUAACUGCUUCCAUGCAUGCUGGCUUACCGGUGUAAUAUAACUGUUUCGAAGCUUCUCUUGAACGGUAACAUUGUGUAACUUUCUCAUGUAAAUGAAUUAUCCUCAACUUGUUUUUUCCUUUCCCCUGAUUCAGAACAUGAUUUACUUUGUAAUUCUGGGAAAUUGAUCCUGACCAAAUUAUAGAAAUUGGUUUAACUGAGUUGUUAUUUUGUAUACUAGUUAUAUAGUAUCUGCUGUAAACAAAAAAAUGUUCAAAAGUAUAGAGAAGAUAUUCAAAUGGAAUGUGGGAGCUACUGUUUCUUGCUUCCAUUCUUUUGCAAUCUCUUCUCAGUACUCAGUAGUGUUCUGUGCCAAAUUUGAUCAAGGAGAAAGGUAUGGAAUUAUGACUCCACCAUUUGUGAAAUUGUUGAUUCAUAAGGAAGAAUAUGUGAUCUAGUUUCCCAAGUUUGAUAA